AUGGUGCUUCGAAGAAUUAUGAGGAAAUCAACUCUUGGUGAUGAAGAGUUUGACCCUAUCGUGCAUGCUGAUUUGCACUUUGUUGACGUGAUCAGCACACUUCUGGAUUUGAUCAUCAGCCCUCGAAACCUUAUGCAACAUACCUCUUUGGAGCGUACUGCUGCUACCUUCAGCGCUGUUGUCACCUUGAACAACCUCUUCCUUUCAAGCGACGAUAUAAUUGAUCUUGCUUGUUUGAAAGAGUAG